GAGAUUCAUUUUGGUUCCGGGUUAUUAUUCUUUGCCAUUUCAUCUUGCUGUCUUCAAUCAUUGGCAGCGAUCAAUUAAAGGUUCCAAAUGAGAAAUAUCUUACCUUGUAGUACAAGUACAGGGCGAUGACGCCGUCGCGGACCGAAUUAUUGACGAAAAGUAAAGGCAGAAAGAGGGCCGACAACGAAUCGAUAUCUCGCUCGCCCUUACGCAGCUGGAGAUCUUUCCUGCUGGAGGGUUGAAGGAGGAUAAAAGAUCUCGUCCUGCAGCAGCUGGUCCGAGGAUAAUCUAAGGAAUAUCAAAGACAAUUGGCAUUAUGAUAGCCUGCUGCGUCCUGGCCGGUGUCCUUGGCGUCGUCGUCCUCUUCUAUGUCUUUCUCGAAGUUCACUACUUUCUGCGCAUGUGUCUGACGGUGCUCUUGGCAAGAUUCUGCAAGAAGCAAGUUCACAUUCUCGACGAAACAUCGGUUUACGGAAUUUGUAUAACCACCGACAUAGACACGCUUCUUUAUCACAUGAACAACGCUCGUUAUCUACGAGAGCUCGAUUUCGCCAGAGUUGACUUCUACGAAAGGACCAAUCUCUAUCGCGAAAUACGGGCACAGGGAUCAGGAGUCGUUCAGGGAGCAGCCACCAUUCGCUACAGAAGAUUUCUCAGGCCGUUUUCUAUUUACAAAAUUACAUCAAAGAUCAUCUAUUGGGACGACAAGUCUAUCUUCAUGGAGCACAAGUUCAUCAGCAGUGGCGAUGGAUUUGUUCGAGCUAUCGCAAUCUGCCGCCAACGGGUACUCGAGUGCAGUGCCGAAGCUGUUAUGGGGGUGCUGCUUGAUCGCGGAGGCAAAGUGAACGGAGGACUAGAGGCUGGAAUUGCCCCAACAAGUGCACCGCAUGUGAGACCGGAAAUUCCACCGGAAGUUGCGCUGUGGUUGGAGAGUAAUGAAAUUUCUUCAGCAAGCUUACGGCCGACGCCAGAACCUCCUCGUUGCUGACAAAGGGAUGCCGGAGUUUCCGUUGUGAACGACGUCACGCCGGCGAAUUGCUACGAAACGACUGUAGUUUGAAUUCAUAAAUGCGGAAGGUGAUUCAGCCUUCGAAGCUUGAGAAGGAAGGA